AUGGAAAACCAAACCGUAGUAACAGAUUUAAUUCUGUCAGGACUGUCUGAUCUCCCGGUCAUGGAGCUGAUUCUUUUUUUGCUCUUUCUUUGUGUUUACUUGAUGACACUGGUCGUAAACCUUCUUAUCUUUCUCCUUAUUUUAUUGGAUUCUCACCUUCACUCCCCAAUGUAUUUUUUUCUUGGAAACCUAGCCGGUUUAGACAUGUGUUCCUCAUCUAUUACUACUCCACGGAUGCUUUUUGACCUUAGCACCAAAAGCAGGGUGAUAUCUAUUCGAGCUUGUGUUACUCAAGUCUACUUCUUCAUUUUUGGUGUUGCUUCAGAAAUCCAAUUACUUGCAAUAAUGUCCUACGAUCGCUAUGUUGCAAUUUGCCAUCCGCUUCAUUACAUGCAAAUAAUGCAUUGGAAAACCUGUGUUCUGCUAACAGGGGCAGUUUGGGCAGCUGCUUCCAUAUAUUCCUUGAUCCACACACUUUUUACACUGAGGUUGACAUUCUGUGCAUCAAACACAGUCCAUAGUUUCUUUUGUGAACUACCACAAUUGUUCCAGAUUUCUUGCACUGACACAUAUAUCAACGUGCUGUCUGUUUUUGUAUUAGGGGGUCUUCUUGGACUUUUUUCUUUAAUUAUGACUUUUUCCCCAUACGUCUGUAUAUUGCUUACUGUGUUAAAGAUGCCAGCCAUGACAAAGAGACUUAAAGCUUUUUCCACAUGCGGCUCUCACCUAACGGUAGUUUUUAUUUUUUACGGUACUAUUCUUUUCAACUACUUUCGGCCAACCACAAGUUAUUACGCAGCUGAUAAAUUGGUUUCCGUGUUUUAUACCAUGAUCAACCCUCUGCUGAAUCCAAUAAUAUACAGCCUGAGGAACCAAGAACUCAAAGCUUCUUUAAGAAGAAUUGUCAAGUUAUGA